AUGCGGAGAUCCUUUCGGUCCAAUCUUGGCUGCUGUCUCACAUACAUAUGUGACAAUUGUGUUGCAUGUCUCUCUGUGUCCGUCUUUGUUUUUGUAAUGGCCAUUGUCAUUGUUGCUGCCAUCUUGUGGGCACUGGAAUUCAUUCGCUCACUCAUGGGACACGACAACAAACUGUUUCCGGGCCUGUAUCCAUCUCCGGAAUGUCACAAGUGCCAACGCGAUGGAGAUUGCUCUCUAGCCUACCAAGGUGGACCCGGGAAAUACUGUGGAAUCCCCGCAGGGAAUGAUAAUUACAAUGACGGAUCUUAUUGCUGUUGCCCGGUAGAGUCCAAAUGCCAAAUGACAAGCUGGGAAUGUCUGUGUGAAGGGUCCAAGGCAGAAGUGCAGCAUCAUGAAAUCAUGGGAUGGGUCAUCCUCAUUCUGGUUUGUGUCAUUCUCCUUUUUCACCCUCUUAUUACGGACUGGUGCAAGAGGUGGAUUGAUUGGUGCUGCCCCGACAGAUACCAACUGCAUGAAUGGGAUGAUGACAUUGAAAGGGAAUCCCUCAUCAGAGAAACUUAUGAUGCUAAUAACACCACAUAUCAGGCCACAAGCUACCCGGGUUAUGACUUUUCAGGAACUGGUACCAAAAAUACCACAAACAGCUCAGGUUAUGACUUUACUUAA